UUAGACUCUAUCAGAUAUUAUUUUCACCUAACUCCAAAUAAAAUGCUGCUUUUAAAAGUUGCUUCAUUGUUAUUACUUCUUACUAAUCUAUCAACAGGAGAUGAUCAUAUUCCAUUGUUUAUAAAUGGUAGACCAAAAGGUGGUUUCAUGGGAACUCCAAAAGUGAAAAAUCAGUUUUUAUUAAACAAUAUUGAACCUCAGUGGUUCACUCAAAAAUUGAAUCAUUUUGAUGAUGCAGAUGAUUCCACGUGGAAACAGCGAUAUUAUGUAAAUGAUGAAUAUUUUGAUGGUGGACCAGUGUUUUUAAUGAUAGGUGGUGAAGGUUCUCUGAGUUCUUUAUGGGUUAAUGUUGGUGCAAUGGUUGAUUAUGCCAAGCAACAUAGUGCUCUUAUCCUUGGAUUAGAGCAUCGGUUUUACGGGGAAAGUCAUCCUUUAAGUGACAUGUCCACAGAAAAUCUGAAAUAUCUCAGCAGUGAACAAGCCCUUGCAGAUUUGGCCCACUUUAGAAAUGAAAUGGCAUUAAAAUAUUCACUUAAUGAUAAAAAUCGAUGGAUAGCAUUUGGUGGCUCAUAUCCUGGUGCUUUAGCGGCUUGGCUCCGCUAUAAGUAUCAGCAUCUAAUUUAUGGUGCAAUCGCUAGCAGUGCUCCAAUUUAUGCCCAACUCAAUUUUCCACAAUAUCUUGAAGUUUCUACAAAUUCUCUUAGUUCUUCUAGAUGUCGUGCAAAUGUCAAUGCUGCAACAAAAAUUUUAGAAAGUUAUUUAACUACAGAGGAAGGUUUAAUGAAACUUUCAAAGGAUUUCAAGACAUGCAAACCAAUAACAAAUGAUCUGAGAAAUAUCCAAAAUUUUGCAAAUAACGCUGCAAACAACUUCUUUGGUGUUAUUCAGUAUAACAAAGAUAAUCGAGAGUUUGAGGGUGCAAUUGGAACCAAUAUCACUAUCGAUGUUUUAUGUGGUAUAAUGACUGAUACUCAAUUAGGAGACCCAUACAAUCGUUAUGUAGCUGUUAAUAGUUUAAUUAUGAACACUUAUCAACAAAAGUGCUUAGAUGUCUCAUAUGAGGAUUAUGUUGAAAGUAUGAAGGAGACUGACUGGGGUUCUUCUGCUGGAGAAGGAGGUAGACAAUGGCUUUACCAGACAUGUACUGAAUUUGGCUAUUAUCAAACAACAGAUUCUAAUAAACAAGUUUUUGGAAACAUGUUUCCAUUAGAUUUUUUUUUGAAACAAUGUGUUGACAUUUUUGGAGACAAGUUUAAUGAAAGUUCAAUUAGUCAAGGCAUAAAUUGGUCGAAUACUAAUUAUGGAGGUUACAAAAUGAAUGCAAAACGUAUUGUCUUUCCAAAUGGUUCAAUUGAUCCUUGGCAUGCAUUAAGUUUUACAAAAAAUGAAAAAGAUAUGAUUUCUGUUUUCAUUAAUGGUACUGCUCACUGUGCCAACAUGUAUCCGAGUUCCCCCGAUGAUUCUGCUGAACUUAUAAAAGCAAGACAAUUUAUUGGAGAUUUAAUUACAAAAUGGCUUGUGACUCAAGAAUAAUUACAGCAGAAUAAUUAUUAGAAUACAGCUUUUUUUAUUUCAUAUAUAUAUAU